CUGAUCUCUUCCGUGUCUGAAACUUGAUUACAUGGAAACGAAAUCGACGAUCAUUUUGUAAAACCUUCUGAACAAUUUUAAACAAAUCUGGUUACCUCAGAUGACUACAAGGCGUCUUCAGUUUUUGGAAGUAGAAAUAUUCUGCCCGUCUGACGGCAUCAAAAAGUCGUUAGAACAGGUGUUGUAAACAAUGAAGCUCAACAACCGUGGUGAGAAGACGCUAAGAUUAUUUUAGGGAAUGGAGAGAUACGACGUCAUCAAAACUAUUGGCAAGGGAGCUGGUGGUAAGGUUCUCCUCGCUACAGAGAAGAACAGUUCAAGGUAAAGUUGGGUACACCUAGCAGAACAGACUGGAACUAUCUUAUUUAUAAAGCAGACUAAAAGACCAGUGACUUGUGUAAGCUUAUGUUUAGAUAAAUUAAGGCUUAAGCCGAUCUAAGCCUUGAUUGCAAAUGAUUUAAGCUUAAUUGUUAUAUACCGUAAAAUUCCGAAAAUAAGCCCCUCCAUGUAUAAGCCCCUCCAAAUAUAAGCCUCUUAAACCAGUAUAAUUACACUAAAAAAAUCCCUCCGUAAAAUUGCCCAGCCCCAAAUAGACUAUAAGCCCCCAGGGGCUUGUACUUGGGAAAUUGCCUUCAAAUACAAAGUAAAACAAAGCAAAAACGGUAAAUUUACUUCUAACUAUAAGGCUAGCCCAAUCGAUUUUGAAACUCAAAUUUCUCUCCAUAGAUAUUAAGCUCCUUCGAUUAUAAGCCCCUCCAAAAAUAAGCCCCUAGCCUCAAAAAGGGCCUUUGAAAAACAUAUAAGCCCCGGCGCUUAUUUUCGGGAAUUUUUCGGUAGUUGGAAAAUUUUUCUUAACAGUGUGCAUUGUUUAAUUAGAAAGACCAGCAGAGACAAAUAUGCCCCCUCUUAAAAAACUAUAGUAAGGAAUUCCCACCAUCUUGGUCCUUGACUUUGCAAUUAUUAUGAUACCUUCUUUUCCCAUAACUGGACAUUCACGUGUGUUAUUCUUUUGUUAUUACACAGACAUGUUGCUAUUAAAGAAAUUAUCUUAGAUCCAAAUAAGAAGAACAGAACUAAAGAAGCUGUUUUAAAAGAAGCAAGGUACUGCAUAGCAGUGUUUAAGCUAGUCUGCCAUAAAAAGAAUUAAAUGCCAGCCUUUGGAGAUACAAAAUCUGGAGACUCUGUCUUUUGCAUUAGCCCCCCCCCCCCCUGCAAAUAUCAAUGACCAACCCCUUCUGCCCUGAUCAACACAAAUUGACCCAGUCUCCAACAUGGGUGUGACUUAGGAGGACAUUAUAUGAAGUCUUGCAUGAAGUAUACGUACAGGACAUCAAAAUUCACUUUAAUUUGCGAUCAUAUUGAUGAAAUAUUAAUCUUUGUCAGUGAUAAAGUACUUGCAAAAAUGUCCCAGAAAUCUUGUUACAACUACAAAUGAAAAAAAAAAUACUCACAUUUUGAGGAAAAUGGGCCAAAUUCCAAAACUAAAGUACAGAAAAGCUCAUAAGUCGAUUUUAUGUGGGAAAUUUGGAAUGGUCAGUGACCCAUACAGGUGACCAGGAGACUGGAUAAAAUCAGGAGAGUUGACAUUUCAUUAUUUGUUGAUUUUUUAGCAUUUUAGCUCAUUUAAAACACCCACAUGUUGUUUCACUGCAAGAGUCAUUUUUUGAUCCAUCAGAGGAAAAGCUUUUCAUUGUUCAGGUACUGGUUAUCCUAGCUAUGAAAUGGUUUAUAAGUUUAGUAGAAAUGUUAUUAUUAUUGGAUGAGGCUGAGUUUGAUGGAAAGAAUGAUACAGAUUGAGGAGGGUGUUAUCCACUGAGGGUGAAGGUUGAGGUGGGCCUUCCGAGAUCUAGUCAAAAACAUGUAGCUUAAGCUGUUUAUAAUAAUGAAGAAUAUUAACUGGGGAGUUGAGCUAAUCAGAAAUGCAAAGAAAUAUUUUGAAAGAAUAAUUAAUAUUAUUAAAAGAAUAAUUUAAUUCAAGGACAAUUUCAUAAAAUAAAGUUGUAUCUUUUAUGUUGAAGUUAUUUAUUUUAUUAUAACUGCAUGUAGUACAUGUACAUAGUAGAAGAGCAGUGUAUGGUUAAGACACAGGAAAACCAAGAAAGAGCAGACAGUAAAAAAUGAUUGGUAAUUUAAAUUAAUGCCACUCAAGUUUGAAAAUUAAACCAUAAGUUAAGUGUAACUGAUAACAUCUAGUACAUUUUAAUGUUUCUUGCUUAGAGCGAAUUAGCUGUAUAUCAUGGGAAUUCAAUGUUUGUUAUAAAUAUUUUAAUAAAUGUUUGUUUGAGUGCUUUUUUUUAGGAUAGAUUCGCAACAUUUACUUUUAAUCCUAAUACAAGCUUUACCAAUUUUUUGUUAUUUCUUAUUGCAGGAUUUCUGUGAUGGUGGAACUCUGCAUGAAAAGAUUGUUUCAGCAAGAGAAGUUAGUAAAAGCAGCAAUAUAAAAAACAUUAACAGUUCAGCAACACAGAAAAAUUGACUUCACCUAACAUGUAGGUCUUCCACAAGCACCAGCCAUGUGAAAAGAGUUUAAGCUGACUACUGAAACCACAGUGGUCCACCUCUAGGCAACUUAUGGUCUUCCAGUACUUAAGUUGUAGUCUAAUCUCUAACAACAAUAUAUAUAUAAUUCAGUGUUAUAUAAUCAGAUUAAUCUUUGGAACUCAGCUUGUACACUGCUAACAGUGCAUGGAAUGUUUUGCCAUAAUAGUGGUCCUAAUAACCGACACUUGGUGUAGCUCAAUUGGAUAAGUGCCGGUCUGCUGAGCCACUGGUUCAAACCCUGGCCCCCCUGUUCGUUAAGAGUAGGGGACAUACGUGUAGUACCUGGUGUGGUGGUUGCUGUCUCAAAUUCAGACUCACAUUAGGGGGGGCAUCAUUACCCAUGACUUCAUUACUGGUAAACUGCAACAUAUUUAAGAAAUCCAGCUAAAGUCCCCCAAUUAGUGUUGUAAAUUUUCCUUGAGGGAUGUUGAUAAAAAGAUAUUUUCAGUUUACAAUUAUUUUACAAUUAAAAACAGACAAGAAAGUGUUACUUUUAUUAGUUAAACAUGCCUAUAUCUACUUUCUUUCAGAACAAUUCUCCAUUUUCAGAGAAACAAAUAAUGCAAGUAAGUAUUAAAAUUUCCUGAGACUGGACAGGAGUCGAACACAUUUUUCAACAUUUUUAUAAUACCUUUAUUAACAGCUGAUGUAGAAGUCCUCUGCUAAUCUUUAUGCUGUGUUGUGCUGGUUAUAAUUUUCCUCUUGGACUAACUAAACGUCCUGUUUAAACAUCACAAUUAAAUGUGAAAAAUUUUCUGGCCUGUAAACGCAGACAUAUUGCUAGUCAUCAAUAACUCUCCCCCCAAAAGGUAACUUGGUUAAGUUAUAUUUUGGAUGGAGAGACUGAGAGGUGACAACCAGAAAAACGUCUGUGUUUGCAUGCUAAGAAUUUUGUUGCUGGAUUUUUUUUAAAUUACAGUAAUAAAGUUUUAAUACCAAUGAUUUCCUGUGCAUAUGACAUAAGUAACAUUGAUAUCAUUCUGCUGAGUGACCUAUUUUUAUUUUUUCUUUGCCUAUGUCUAGUGGUUUGUUCAGAUGGCCAUGGCUCUUCAACAUAUUCAUUCAAAGAAAGUUCUUCACAGGUAUGUGUAUGAGAGCUAUAUAAAUUUUUUUUGUUUUAAUUCUGUUCAGAAACUUCAGUAACAUUUCCUUAGCUAGGUUAGCUGUAAGUUCUCAUCUGUUUCGAGAUGUAAUGGUUUCAUAUGAUCCCGGAGUCCCAUACUGUUAACCCUUUGCAGCGAGCUGGGACCCGUUUCCCGAAAGCCCUGGUAGGGACCCAAAAGCUUUUUUUGUUUUACAUUAAAGAUUGAGGGGUUCUACAACUGGUUUACGUAUUUUGUAGAGCGCUCAAAUCAUUUAAUUCAAGAGCAUUGACUAAAAUUAAUAAUCACAGGAGUUCAGGCUUCAGGAGUAAUCAUUGAUCAUUUAUUGCGACAGUACUGUUUCGUAUGGUCCGAAAUUGUAGGACCACACUCAUCAGACAACUUCAACGAUUGACCAUUAAAAUUAAAAGCUGGCAGUAAAAUUUGGGUGGUUGUUAUAGAGAUGCAUUAAGAGAUUGUAUCUAGGUAACAGAUGGAUUGUGUCAUACAUGUAGUUACGUUACUCUAGAGUUCUGAAGUACAUAUCUGUUUCUGUGGGGGCGUGAACUCGCUAGUUCGUUUCGCCUGUUUAGGCUUCAAAGCUAUAUACAUACAUACAUAAACUUUAUUUAACCUCGAAUUUAGAGUAGCUAAAGAUAAGCUAGUGUCUUCGAGUUACAAGUAAGAUGUUAAAACUACUAAAACAGCUAGCGAGAUAAACAAGCUUAGCUAGGACCUGCACUUUUAUUCUUUAUUUCGUUAUUUUAAAUGAUUUUAUUUCCAGAGAUUUGAAGUCACAAAACGUGUUUUUGACCAAGAAGGGUGUUGUCAAAAUAGGUAAGAAUGAAUUUUUAUAUUUUAAUAUUGCAGUUGUAAAUAUACUGGAAUAUUCUCUGUUGUAAAUGUUGCGAUUUUUAACAAUAUACAGCAUGAAAUAGGUAGUAAUAAAAGCAAUUAUCACUGAGAUCUAUCCUUAAGGUUAUUAAAAAGCAAAGCAUGCACACAGAGAAGUUCAAAUGAAAACUUUGAACCAGGCUUACAUGAUGUUGUUCAUGCUAGGUGACUUUGGAAUCGCCAAAAUGAUGGAGAACACGUUUGAUAUGGCACAGACAUGCUGUGGUACACCGUGUUAUCUAAGCCCAGAAUUAUGCCAAGACAUGCCUUACAGUUCCAAAGCAGAUGUUUGGGUAAGUCAUUAUGUUUGUCAGAAAAUUUUCCCUAAUAUUCUAAAAAAGCUCUUUUAUAAAUUUAUAACAUCACUAAAUAACAUAUAUUAAUAACAGAAAUGUUGAUCGAUAUGCACAUGCGGCUGUUAACCGUAAAGUACCCGUAGCAAUUGGUACAGUACGCUAUCAUGGAUUACUAACAAGCAAUUGGUCAUAUGGAAAUUAGUCUUAUUUACAUGCGUAUUAUUUUUUGUACGUUUGAUGAUUUUUCUGUAGAACGUUUUCACACGACGUUGCUUCCGCCAUGCACCAAAACAAUAAAAUUGCCGACCAUGUUGCUCGGUUCCAAACCAUUCCUCUGGGAGAUGAACCUUUUUCUUGUGUGAAAAUUACACUGACCACUAGCUAGCGUGAAGACGCCCACUAUCGUCAGUUGAAUCUAGAAACGGUACAGAUUCGCACACCUUAAAUAGAUUAUUAGCGCAGCUACGUUUGCAAUAUUUUAUCAGUGUAUAGGCAGCAUAGCAUAUGCUCAUAUGUAGUAGCAAUAGCAGUAGGAGUAGUUGUUAACUGCCGGUUGCUGGUUUGAUGUUAUGUUUUUCAGGCUCUAGGCUGUCUUCUGUUGGAGAUGUGCGUUUUGCAUUACGCUUUCGACGCAACCAACUUUGUCAGCUUGUUUUACAAGAUUGUUAAAGUAGAUCAUGCGGUGAGUCUUCAUCCGUUAACUUUGGGCAAAGAGAACUGCACCCCCGGCAGAAUCGCCUGCCACUAUAUUGUUCAAAGAAUAAUCUCCUUGUUACGGCAAUCCUUUACGCACACUUUACGUACAACUGUACGAUUUAUUUAUACAAACUGUUUCUAAUAUUUCCAAGUCAUUAAAAGUCCAUAGUUAAAAACCUCGUAUGUGUUCUGUACUGACAAUUAACUCCCUCUAGUCUCUCGGCCGUUUAAGGUGGCUUUUACGUUUACGUGCGAUCUUCCAUACAUUGCCUCUCUGUUUUAUUUACAUGCGUAACAUUUACGUACGCAAGCAUGUAAAAAUUACCCGACAAUGGAAAUACACCCUUGUUGACAAUAAUCUUUCUUCGCAAAUCGCUUUGUUGUAUAUUAUUUAUAUAAUUUUUUCUCCCCUUAAGGAUGUUAAGAACUUAACUUGACUCACUGCAAGGUUCUGUCGAUACUUAUCGAGAUCUUGUUCUUAUGGCUCUUUCCAGGAAGUUCCGCCACAAUACUCAUCUUCUCUGUCAGCGCUGGUUACCGUGUUGCUAUCAAAGACCCCAGAUGAGCGUCCAUCGUAAGUGGCUUCUAUUCGUUUUCCCAAGAACUGUUAAAAAAGAAAUCUGUCUCGAACAAUUUCGUUUUUUUUAAUUAAUUGAUUAAUUUUUUUAUUUAUCGGGUUUGAACAUGUGAAAGAACUGUUGGAGGUAACAAGCAAACAGAUUAUUACGUAGUACCUAAAGAUUAAUUUCCUAUAGGGAAAAUAAUUCUUCUUCACUUAUUAUGAUGGAUAAUAAUUGAUGUUUUGAGCGUUACACCUGUUCAAGUUUGUGGAUUUGUUUUGCUGCUUAAACAGUGUUUAAUUCAUUUAUUCGCAGAGCUGGAACAAUUCUUAAUCAGCCUUUUGUGCAAGAGCAUCUUGCCAUUCUGAUAAAAGAAAAGGAAAAUCUACAAGAGGCUUUACAUGCUAAGUGAGUAAAAUGGCUUAUUGCAGAUAUGAUUCACUCAGUUAUAGAGAACUACUCUUAGUUUGGUAAAAGCAAGUGCAAUACAAACCUAUCAAAGUAGCGUAUUCUUUUCCCCCCCACUACAUUACGAUUAUGAGCAUAGAUUCAAUACUGCGAACGACAGUUGGCCGUUCGGCAAUUCCCCACUAAAAUAUCCGAAGGAAUGUAUGCUGGGGCCGGACAUGAUAUCUGGACAGCUACUAUAAUUUUGUAGUUGAAGAAAAGUCAAUACAGUUGACUCUCUCUUAACAGACACCUCGGUAAAACGGACACUCAGAGUUGGCCCCUGCCUUUUUUGCUUCCUUUUAUUUGACUCCCUAGAAGUCUGACGUCUCUAUCAGAUGGACACUUGGUGCCGUUCCCAAAGGUGUCCGUCUUAGAGAGGGUUGACUGUGUAGUGUAUGUCCAGUCCUAUUUUUCCGGUUUGUUCUGCUAAAACGGACAAAACGGGGACCUGGUCGAAAAUAUUUCCUUCCUGAAAAUAGCCUGUGCCAGGCUCUCGGUCAGUGCAGACGAGCGAAAAAAUCGAGGGAGCAGUGAUAAUAUAGCGAACGAGCGAGAAACGGCGGGAUGAGAGAAGGGGGCAGCCUGUAAGCAUCAUUUCAAAUACCACAAUCCACCCACUAUCCCGCUCACUUCCUAGUAAAAAACCGUUUCUCGUGUCAAAAUGUCAAACGUCAAACCGUCAAAAGGUGCGGUGUCGGAGGUUUAACAUACUCGUGUUUGGUCAAAAUGUCAAACGUCAAACCGUCAAAUACCGGAAUGAGGUCAGUGUCGGAGGUUUAACAUACUCAUGAUUGCAUAAGCGUCAGUCAAAAAGUUUAUCAGGGAUGUCAGUCAAGUUUAUAAGCUUUAAAAUUCCGCACGCAUGUAAUAGUGUGAGUAGGAUUUGAACCAUUACAUGUUCAAUACAUAACUUCAUCAUGAUACCACGAAAACUUCGAAUUGCUUACUUUUUGGUUCUCAUAAUUUUUUUACUACAACGACAGAGAACUUUGCUAUUUUAGCGGAAGGAGAAACAGGCAAGCCAUAACCCAAAUAAAUCAAAAUGUGCAACCGAGACGGAGAGCUUCCUCAUUUUGGCCACAUCCACAGAACGAGUUUUGAAAACUUUAAGUGACAGGUCCGUCGCUACAUUUUCUUUGCAAGGAACAUUACAGAGCUACUGGGUCUACUUCUCAAAACUCAUGACGUUCACAAUUACAUUUUAGAAAUAGAAGAAUCGGAUUCAUUUUCGUUAGGCCGGAGCCGAUCACCCGUCACGCUUUCAUGAUUAAAGUAAGCAAGUGGGUAAUCGACAACCAACGUUUGCGUGUUAGCGUGCUAUUAUGUUCUGAUUUACCGUUCUUUUCCGAAAUGUGCUGAGAUAGUGCGUUAGUAGGCUAGUAAAGAUAGUUGGAACUAUACCUCAAAGUGUACUUCGGUGUCUUCAAAGGCAACGCGUUACCAUGGGUAUAAAGUAGGCUACUUGAGGUAAAAUUAGACCCGUUCACAUGUUAAGUAAGAUUCAAGUAUACUUAAAAUGUACUUACCUCGCUAGUAUGAACCUACCUAAUGCUUACAGGCUCCACUACUCCGUCUCUCCCUAACCCUCACUCGCUUUUCGCGCAAAUUUCCUCGAUCCGCUUUCUUCACUACCUUGGAGCCUGAAAAGGGCUAUCCUGAAAAUAACAUUUAUUUGCAUGCCUAGUGAUGCCCUUCCACCAUCAUUGCAUGCCUUUUUAUUGCUAAUACUCUAUACACAGUUUGAUUUCAAAUCCUAGCAAAUGCUUUUCUGGGCCAGGUGUUGUCCUAAAGCCCGCUUUACUUGUCCAAUAGUACGCUUUCGGGAAGUAGAGCUAUUUUUCUGAUGUCUCUGAUAAGCAUAAGGGAAAUGCCCUGGGUACGGGAAAAGGUUCCGCGUACCAGUGGGCUCUGUGCUGAAUGGUAAUACUCCCUGUCCAGUGGGGGAGGGCACAGGCUAACGAAGAGAAGGAGGCGUGAAACUUCUUCUAUUUUAAAACCGAUUUUGGAAGAGCUUGGCCAGAAUAUUUUCCUGUUUUUAGACUAAACUAACUCAAAGUUAUCUAUCUAGUGAGGUCUCCCGGAUUGGCAGGGAGACUGUAUGUGUUGGGAGUCUCUAUUUCGUGGACUUACAGGGAUUUUUACUUCCUCCUCUCAGGCAGCUACUGAAAACAACAGGUGGAAGUAGAAACAAAUCUCCCAGCUCGCACCAACGUCCCUCGUCAGCUUCCGGGAUAAAAUCUCCGGAUGAGAACGGACGGAUGUUGAGAGGACGGUGCAAAUCAGCUCAGCCAAUGAAUAGACGGCAACAACAGGUUGCUGUACAGGAAAAGAAAGGUUAGACGCGUGCUCUUUACUUAAAACUACAUUGCUCACUCAGUCAGGAAUGUCAAUGCUCGCAUCCUGUGACCUUUCUUCUUUUGUUCUUAUGUUUAUGACGAAAGUUUGCAAGGGUGAAUCGAGGAAAAAUGAAAACCGUGAUUGGGUGGGUGGGAGGGGGACUUUGGCAAGAGGGCGUUUCCUUAUCUGUCUUGUACUCUCAUCAUUUCCCGCUCAGAGCUCAAUCCAGAUCUAACGGAAAUAAGACUUCACUUUUCUAAUUUUAGAUGUCGAUCAGACAAACGUUGCGGAUGACCCUGGUGAGUAUUCGGACGACUUCGAUGAGUCGGACGACGAAGAGUAUUCGGAUGAAUCCGACGAAGGCUCGAACGGUGAUUCGCCGAAAAAGCCGGUGUCGGCAGCAAAAAUGAAAGACAACGGAGAGGAUGAAGAAGCAGAAGUUGAAUAUCCUGAUGAUUUUGAAGAUGACUCGGAAGAAGAGGUGAGAUAUUGCAAUUAAUAAUAUAGUCAAACGUUGUGAUCGUUGACGGCUGCUUUAUUUUGUCAUCAGAGGUGGCGCGCUUCUUAUGUCUUUUUACGUCGCAAAAAAAAAAACUAUGGCCGGAUUUAUAGACCUUGUCACGGUUUUCGACGCCAUCUUGACGAGUAGGCAAACGUGUGAGAAAUUACAGUGUUUGUAUGAGAAUCUAAUGUCGAAUAAUUUCCGUAAAACGGCUGGCCUGAAAAAAAUAUCAAUUGUAAACUAAAGCUACAAAGCAAAGGAUUGUACUAAAAGAAUUUGGGGAGCGUACCUGUGCUUAAGUUUCUUCAGACGCUUGCUUUAGAUUUUCCAUAUAUUUGUCUGUAAUUUUUCCAGGGACUUUCUUACACACAAAUGUAUAGAAAAUUUAAAACGGGGUUUAGGUCUUCUAGCACAUGGAACGCCCUCAAUUUUUUUCAGUAGAGUCCUUAGGAGUGGAGCUUUCGUUUACAAUUCAUAUUUUUUUCAGAACAGCCGUUUUACGGCAAUUAUUACAUAUUAGAUUCUCCUACAAACACUGAAAUUUCUCAUGCGUUUGUCUACUCGUCAAGAUGGCGUCGAAAACCGUGAUAAGGUCUAUUAUAUAAACACCAGCAAAAUACCACAUGAGCUUUCGCGCGAAAACAAGAUAUCCUCACACGUGAAAUACACAUGCAAAGAUGACCGCUGCUAUGGAUACAAAAUAAAUAGCGCCUUUCGCAAAAACAUCAACAAAAAACAUAUAAAAGGAAAUGGUUAUUAAGUAUUUUAUUGGUGGUUAUGUAAUAAAUACAAUAUUACAGGACCGCUUGGAUAUAGUUUUCUCUUUUCGUGUUGAAAAGUAUUUCACGAUUGAGCGCAACACUUGAAGAGAAAUUUCGUAUUUCCGCUUGGCUAUAUAUGUAAUGUUUAGUGCUCGGUGUAUGAACGCUUCUACUUCUCCACGCUUUUGUUAUGUUUAUUUUAGUUGCAUUUUACUCUGAUUGUUGACAUAUUCGACUGUUAAGAAAUAUAAAAGGGUAUUUUUGUAUAAAGCAUGGUCGCUAUCGUAUUGCUUAGUGUGAACCACGCACUCCCUCUGCUCCAAAUCUUGGCCUAUGAAUGCGUAAAGCUGCAUACCCCUGACUACUGAUUAUAGCCCUGAGAUAAAUUUCCAUCUCGCUUUAGCGAAAGGCGUUGGUGUCAAAAGUAGUCACACCCCUUGGCCCAGAUGCAUAAGGUGAUAAUUUUCUGCAAGAUUCCCUCUGGUUCUUGCGUGUUAUCAAGGAUAGCUCAGUCAAAAACCUAUAAACGAGCCUUCAAAAAGAAGGGAACGGUUGCUCAAUCAGCAUCUGUUUUAAAAACUAAUAAUAAUAAUAAUAAUAAUAAUAAUAAUAGUAAUAAUAAUAUGAAGAAAUAAAAAGUAAGAAAAUACAUUAUCUUAGAACUUGAACUGAGAUAUCGCUUGCCAUUUUUCUCUCAAGAUUCUGGACGAUAUUCUCACCAACGCCCGGGCUGCUCAAGAUGCUGAAGGUAAUUUGGAAUCUAAGAACGAAUUUCAAAUAUCUGUUCGAAUUAUUAAGUGUUUGUAGGAUAACAUUUCACUUCCACGAUCUUCUUUUAACUUCACUUAUCUCAUUUGGCAGUUUUAUUAACAAAGCAAAGGUAGUUUCGAAAGCGUUUGCGUUUGUUUGUUUUUAAGGAAUGUCGAAUAGUCCAGUGUAGAAUUCGUCGCCGCCGCUGUAUUGAGGCACUGAGGGAUCAUUUAUACAGAGUUAGCCUCAAUCAAAGGUAAAUAUAUUCACAAAUUCCAGUCAGAAGAAGACCUGUAACUGCAACUGUAUGUAUUGUUUUAAACUCAAAUUCCGACACCUCUCUCCGGUAUUUGUGUAUAAAUGAGUCUUUAGUGCUUCUAUUCAGCUGCCGCGACGAAUUCAAAACUAGACUAUUGAGGUUUAAGCUGACCUCAGAUUCCAGUUGUGUAUAUAGGAGCUGCUCGUAAGGUCACUCCUGAUUGGUCGUAGAAAACAAUGACAUGUCAUUCUUUCAAUUGUUUCAGUAUUGCUUGGUGUCAGGGUUAGACACCAUUGGUGACUUCUCUUCCGAGCAGCUGCUACAUGACCCUCAGAUUCAUUGAAUUGUCUUGUGCAAUGUAGUGUAGUUUGGAAUUUGAUUGAAUAGAUCAGUAUAUCUCUCAGCUGGUGUAGAAUUGUUUUCAUGUCACUAAUAAUCAUAUACUGGCUCAUUGCCUCAGCAGUGGAAGAAGAAAUCGUGGAAGACUUGGAUAGACCAUUGUCCUGCAAACAGAAGCUUAAAGAGUAAGUUCUUUGGGUAACACUUUAGAAUAAUGUAACGGGAGGUAUUCAGGAAACUUUUGAUCAAGUAGGCAGAGUUAAGUACCCGCUGUAAAAGUAAAUAAUAACGGGAGUACCGAACACUCCACGAACCAUUUCCAGACUCACUUACUUAUAUAAUACAAGAUAAAAAACAGACAAACAUUAAGUGCUUGUGUCAUAGAAAGUUUACAAUUCGUGAUAAAAUACUGUUAAGAUCAUUUCAUAUAAAUACGUUUUUCACAAAAAAGAACAAUGUAGGAAGGAAAGAGAGGGGCAUAUGUAUCCUCCUUUGGGAAGAGCAAAUGUUUGGGGACUUUCCACAUUAUCGUUACAACGUUAGAGAGAUUUAGAAUCACACUUAUGGCAAACUGCAAACGACAAUUAACAUACCAUGUGACCAAAUUCUCCUUUUCAUUGUAGUUUACUGUUAAUUAUAUCUACACAAAAAUAAGUAGGUUCAUACGAGGCUUAUCCAUAAGAAUUAUUGUGCAUAGCGUUUUUCUGCUUAUUUUCUACUUUGCCAAAUUGUCAACUUGGAGCUGACGUAUGCCGUUUGGCGUAAACGUGAUCCUAACUGCCUGUUUACAUGGAGGUGGGAGACCCCAGGCUGGUGAGGUAACUCGCUUAUGUGGGGUAACCCGCCUGUUCAUAUAAUCUCCUAUUUUGAUUUGAUCACGCUUACAUGUUAGGUACGGUCACCCGCCAUAUGUUACCUCACCUAUCUGGGGUCUCCCACCUCCAUGUAAUCGUUCUAUUACCUUCAGUUAUCUCCCCUUGCAUCAAUAUUCCAUUGUCUUUAGCCAGCCUUUGAUCUUCGAGAAUGUUUACUCACCUGUUUGCUAGAUGCUUGAAAUUUCAAGGAACGCCUGUAAACAAUAAUUACAAAUGUUUAGGAAUUUGAUAACUUUGAGCUUUUUUGUUCUUCCGGCAGGCAAGUGAUAAGUUUCAUAGGCGAGAAAAUGUUUGAGGAGGUGCGAGAGAGAUUCGCUCGAGGAGAAGUGGACAGCGAUCAAAGGUAUGGUCAUCCCAGCAUAUUUAGAAACUGUCAAGGUUUUCUACUACUCGCGAAAUCUGUAGUUCGUGUUCUGUAAAAUGUCUGUUUAGUCUGUGACCGUGAGAGGUUUCAUCGUUAUCAAACGUCUCCGUUUUUUCACUCAACCGCGCGCGCUGUACUAACGAUGCAGGUCGUCUCCUAAGGGGUCCUUUAUAUCCGACAGGCACGAAAGACGUCCCCCAUUACAAUGAAACCGAAAAAAAAUCGGUUUAGCCAACUUAAUCUUUAAUCCCGCUUUAAUUUAAUCUGUAGGCCGAUCAGUUGAGUUAAGGACGGCAAUAGCAACGACGUUUGAAACGAACCUUGGAUCGCACAGGAACACUUACUAUUCAGGCUACGCUCUUACUAGCCCUUUUUAACUUUGUUCUUUUACGGAGUAGCUCUUCAGUUUGGUAACAAUCAAUCAUUUUAUUAACGUUUUAAUGUUGGAUAGGUUUACCACUAUCUCAGCCGGAGGCUCAUUUCAAAAACGCAUAACUAUUAUAAUAAUUAUUAAAAAUGAUCUAGCCUCGCGAGUUAUCAUGCUUGACUUGGCGUAGUGGUUUACCAUAGUGUACUGCGUUCACGCAAUGUUUUUCGUAUUUACUGCAGGCCUGAAUUUGAAAAGCUAAGUGGAUCAGAGAUGAUGGAAACAUGCUAUCUUGUGAACGAGUUGUUCAUCGGUCCUGAAGAUGACAACUAACUCACGACAAGUCGAUAAAGAUGGAAGGGGUUUUCAUGCAAGGGUCAUAAAAUUGUACUGAAUAUCGCUACCAAAUCAGGAAAAAAAUAGACAUUGACAAAUCAUAAACGCAGACUCAUGCAGAUUGAGACUGGUUCAGGUUGUACUUCUGAUUGGUUGAAAAUGGGAAGCGAAAUUUCAGAAUCAGUGAAUAUUUUGAGAUACGGUCGAAAGCUGCAUUGCUAAAAAAUUUUAGCCCUGGAGAUAAGAAUUAUUAUAAAUUCAGGAAUGAACAUUCAUAGUCUGUGUUACCUGAAUUGGGAGCUGCUUUUGUGAAAAAGCGAGUCAACAUAAGUUAUUGCCUCAUGUAUAAACAGCUUUUAGCCUGUACAAUAUAAG